UGGCAAGGCAAAGCACUCCGCGGCAGAGAGGGUUCGAGAAAGCCAAAAGGAAGGGGCGAGCAGAUUUGGGGAGGGCGAGGCGAAGGAAGCCAGCCAGCGAGCCGGGGCAGGCAUCCAUGGCGGACUGGGGCCCCGUGAUCGUGGCGACGGCGCUGUUCGUGGUGCUGACGCCGGGCCUGCUCUGCACGCUGCCGGGGCGCGGCCGGGUGGCGGAGUUCGGCAGCAUGCACACCAGCCCCGUCGCCAUCAUCGUCCACGCCGUCCUCUACUUCGCGCUCAUCACCAUCUUCCUCAUCGCCAUCGGGAUCCACAUCUACGCCGGCUAGCCGGCACCAGCAGCCGCCGGCCGAUCGAUCGAGCCGGGGGGGGGGGGGGGGGCGUCAGGCGGCGGCGGCCGCCGGCGUGUGAUUCGAAACUAGAUCUGGCUUUUCCUCCUGUCCCUCUCUCUCCUGCUGAUCAGUUCCUCCCCCCGCUGCGGGAGUAGGACUCGAUGAUUUAUUAAUACUGUGCUCUGUGCUGGUUGUUAUGGAUCAAGACUUUGCAUGUGAUCUUGUUUAUCUGCCUGCCUGCCA